ACGCCAAGAAAGCGAAAAGAAAACAGCACUCGUCAUCGAAUGCUCUCUGUUCGCGUUUGGUGCGUGCUUUCGUCGGUUUGACUACUCCCGCCAUCGAUCCAUCUCUUCAUAUACAACAUCAUUGAUUCCAUUGGAAGAGCAGGAGUCGUGGCGAGGUGAAUCAAGGAAGGACUUUCGACGUCUUGGAUCCUUUCAAACAUGUAUCCUCGGGUGAAGGUGAGAGAAGAAGAAGAAGAGCCGGUUGUUGGAAAAGAAGAGACUACAAAAUUUAUUCCGAGAGUGCUAGAUUCUCUCUCAUUAGAGAACCAUCAUUCUUUAAGAAUUUGUACUUCAAACCAAGGAAAUGAGACUGAAAUGUAUUCUCCACCAUCAUGCGCGAGGAUUUCCAAAUUUAGUCACAAAAAUUUCUCAACACCCCCAAUUUCUGCUUCCAAAGUGAAGAAAGAAAAAGAGCUCUCCGACAACAGGACCAACAUUAGAGCUAGUUCAGUUCCACGUCCUCGGGCAGUCUUAUCAAGCCCUGAUAAUGAUGUGAUGAUCGGAAGUCAAAACCGCAAACUUAGAGAUAGCCGUGGACAAAAGAAAGGAUCGAUUACUAGUCAAAACUUGCAUGCUCCAAUCAGGCCAAGUCACGGAAAUGUAAGAGCCAAAAACCCACUUAACUCGAAAAAGGUUUCUAAAGAGUCUGGCAACAACAAUAACCAUUUGAAGCAAAAACAAGCUUCACAACCAGCUGCAUCAAUGCCAAGGGCGUCAAUUAGAAACUGAUAAACGAGUGUGUCUCCUAACGUUGUGCCACUGAAGCAGAGCAAAAACUAUUUGCUUGAUUAAGUUAACAGUGUGUUUGUGUUUAAAAACCCUGUUCUUCUAUCAGUGAAGCUUGCGUGUUUAUUUCAA